GGCGAUCCAGGCCCGCCCAGGUGAGGACGUCGAGUGGGCCGGAAAGAGGAAGUGGGGGGCUGUGACCUCACUUUCCGACCCCUUCCCGGGCCCCCACCCCCAGCACCUCUCCUCCCCACGCUCCUCCUCUCGGAUUUCACCGCUCAGAGGAAGCCGCCCAGGCCACCACCCACCUGCGCCAGGUGCGGCCCACAGGCCAGGGCCACGCUUUGGGAGAGUGAGAUCAUGGAGUCUUCCUCCAAGACCUUCAUGAGACACCUGCCAGUCACACCAGGCUAUAGUGGCUUCGUGCCCUACCUUAGCUGCCAAGAAUCCACCAGCAAGGACAACAUGUCCCACUGCCUGAAAACCUUCCAGGAAAGCACACGACGAUAUAAACACCAGCUGGAGGAGUUUCACUGCUCAGUGGCCACUGCCCGGAAGCUGAAGCCCGUUUGCUCGGAGGAGACGGUCCUGCGGGAGCUGCAUCAGUAUUAUCGGCAGUAUCACCCCCUGAGUUUGGAAUGCAAACACGUAAAGAAACCUCUCCAGGAGCCUCCGAUCCCCGGCUGGGCUGGCUACCUCCCGAGAGCCAGGGUCACGGAAUUAGGCUGUGCCACGAGGUACACUGUGAUGGCCAGAAACUGCUACAGAGACUUCCUGGACCUCGUGGAGCAGGCCAGGAAGGCACCCCUGAAGCCAUAUGAGGAAAUAUAUGGAGUCGGGUCCACACAGCCUCCUUCUGCUCCUUCUCCAAAGGUUUUGCAGCACCAAGGGCUACGGCCAAAAUAUCCGGAGUUUUCUAUCCCAGGUGGUAGCUGUCCUGCCCACGGAAGACCCCUGACAGAGGACCCCAGGCCUCCAGUGACGUGUGGCUGUGCCCAGAGAUCAACCAUGUCCUGCAAUGGGAAGAUUUAUCUAGAGCCUCUGUCCUCAGCAAAGUAUGCAGAAGGCUGAUGCAGACGGCCUCUCAAGGAGAGGUGAACUUCAAGGGGGGACUCCAAAGCUCACCAUUCUUACAUGAGAACCAGGCCCCGACCCACACCCAACAGGCACUACGGAACUUUCAAAAUCUAAGAAUCCUUUCGACUGCCACCUGCACCCUGUUUGGCAAUAGCAAGUCUUUAAUGAUAAAGGCCUUUCAUUGUGUGGGAAUAAAGAAGAUGCUUCUCAGCA